AUGAUGCUGCAGAAGUGGAGAGACGGAGACUUUGGAACGUGCCCUCGUGUUCUUUGUUAUGAUCACCCACUUCUUCCUAUGGGAACAGUUGAUGUGCCUGGCAAAGAUAUGGUCAAGAUGUACUGUACGUCAUGCAGCGACAUUUAUUAUCCGAAGCAUGCUCGUCACCAGUCGAUUGAUGGUGCUUACUUUGGGACAUCUUUCCCGGAGAUGUUUCUCAUGAUGUAUCCUGAGUAUCGUCGGCCGAAGCCACAACAGUUUGAACCGAGGCUGUUCGGGUUCAAAAUUCGUCAGCCACGAGAAGACGAUAAGGAAGGCGAACGCGUUUGA